AUGCAGCUCGGGCUGAACAGCCUCGGCCAAAAAAUCUACAAGGCCAAGGAGAAGAACGACUGCUGCACCAGGAACUGCUGCGGCUCUCUGCGCAGCUUCGACAUGAAGAUCAAGGACAACAUGGACCGGGAAGUCAUCCGCCUCAUCCGGCCCUUCCGCUGCGUCUCCUGCUGUUGUCCCUGCUGCCUCCAAGAGAUGGAGGUGCAGGCCCCGCCAGGCACCACCGUCGGGUACGUCCAGCAGGACUGGCACCCCUUCCUGCCCAAGUUUUCCAUCCUCGGAGCGAAUAAGGAGACCCUAAUGAAACUGGAGGGGCCCUGCUUUGCCUGCAACUGCUGCGGGGACGUCAACUUUGAGCUGAAGACGAAGGACGGGGACCAACCCAUCGGGCGCAUCAGUAAGCAGUGGAGCGGCCUGCUGAAAGAGGUCUUCACCGACACGGACAACUUCGGCAUCCAGUUCCCGCUGGACCUGGACGUGAAGAUGAAGGCCGUGCUCAUGGGCGCCUGCUUCCUCAUCGACUUCAUGUUCUUUGAGAAAGUGGGAGAAGCCAAUCAGCGCAGCUCCGUCUUCUCGUAA